GAGAGAGAGAGAGAGAGUACGGAAUGGGUACUCCGCAGAAUGGAAUCUCGAAUGCCAUGGAGAGAGAUCCUUCAAUCACUCCUUCAAAAUUAGUUUCGAUUUUAAACGUUGCUGUCUUAUUCUUCGCUGCAUUCUUCUACCUGAUCUUCUUCCACUACGAAAUUGAGGAAGAGCUAAAGAAAUCUAUCCUCAUUAACACAGGUGUGAGCUUCGUGGGUUUUAUCAUAACGCUCCUUUUGAUUCCCGUGGGCUCUAGGUACGUGCUGAAGCGUAAUCUGUUUGGGUAUGACAUCAACAAGAAGGGCACCCCUCAAGGUUCAGUCAAAGUGCCUGAAACACUGGGUAUUGUUGUCGGGAUUGUUUACUUGGUCUUGGCUAUAUUAUUCCAGUAUUUUAACUUCACAUCGGACUCCAAUUGGCUUGUUGAGUACAAUGCAGCAUUAGCAUGUAUUUGCUUCAUGAUUCUGCUCGGAUUUGUUGAUGAUGUCCUUGACAUCCCCUGGAGAAUGAAAUUGCUUUUGCCAUCAUUUGCUGCACUUCCCCUGUUGAUGGCGUAUGCUGGACAUACAACCAUUAUUAUUCCAAAGCCACUAAUUCCAUAUGUUGGGCUAGAAGUUUUGGAUCUGGGAUGGAUAUAUAAGCUGUAUAUGGGCCUUUUGGCAGUAUUUUGCACCAACUCCAUCAAUAUCCAUGCUGGCAUAAAUGGCCUUGAAGCUGGGCAGACAGCUGUCAUUGCAUCUGCUAUCUUAAUACAUAAUGUGAUGCAAAUUGGAGCGUCUUCAGACCCAGAGUACAAGCAAGCUCAUGCAUUCUCUAUUUACCUUGUGCAACCCUUGCUGACCACUACACUUGCUUUACUUUGUUAUAACUGGUAUCCUUCUUCAGUUUUUGUUGGCGACACCUACACUUACUUUGCUGGAAUGGCUAUGGCUGUAGUUGGAAUACUAGGUCACUUCAGUGAAACACUUUUGAUCUUCUUCUUGCCUCAAGUUUUUAAUUUCCUUUUGUCACUCCCUCAGCUUUCUGGCUAUCGCAAAUGUCCACGACACCGUCUGCCAAGAUUUGAUCCUAAGACAGGACUAUUAACUGGGACAGAUGAUGGGACACUCGUGAAUUUCUCUUUAAGAUGGUUUGGCCAGAUGUCUGAGAAGUCUCUUUGCCUUGUGCUUCUUGUUUUACAGGCUCUUGCAUGUGGCUUUUGUUUCUUCCUGAGGUACUGCCUUGCUGGUUGGUAUAAAUAAAUAAAGUAGUGGAGAACCUGAAGAGUAUGCAGUCCAUCUUAUUGACAUGUGAAAACUUUUCUGACCCUGCUGUUUCUCUCAAAUCUAGCCAUUACUUCUCUAUUUGAGUUAUGCACUUUCUGACUGUAAUAAACACAAUUGCUUUAAGUCACAGUUUUGAGAUUGUGUGACUGUGGUGGAAGGGUAGGAUGAGAAAGAGGUAACAAUUUUAUAUUUAUUGGAAAAAUUUUUCCCACUAGCUGAAAUAUGUAUCAUGACAUUAUAUAUUCUGGAAUAUGUUAUGUACCAUUCCAGUGGCAA